CGCCAUCGAGAAUCGCGCGAUCUCAAAUAUCGAGAACGACGCUGAUCGAGCUCUUUUGUUUGUUGCUUAAUUUGCUCAAAUUCGAGAGAUCUCGAUGCGAGAUCCACCAUUUUCCUUUUCCCUGAGCUCAGAUUCGUGCGAAGUUUCCCGUUUUUAGCCCAUUUUUCAGCUGGAUUUUCCCAAUUUUUAGCUCGGAUCCGUGAAUUUGAUGAAAAGAGAGCGAGAUCGGAGUUGAUCGGGAUCGAGGAACCCUAACCUGCGAGGAGGACGACGAUGGUGGAGGGGCGAUGGUUGCCGCGGCACUGCAACUGCAGGUUCUCCACGGCCAUGGCGACGAUCCAGCUCGUGAUCGGCGUCUUCGUCAUCCUCAUCAGCAUCGCGAGCCUCCACCACUUCUACUCCACCCCCAACUCCCUCCUCCUCCGCUCCUCCGACUCCACCGCGUGUCGCCGCUUCCACACCCUCUCCGACCUCGGCGCCGGCGCCGGCGACGGCGACGACGACAAUGGCCGCGGCGGCUACACCGAUUUCGACCUCCGAGCCCUCUCCGAUCGCGUCGACGACGUCGCCUCCCAGCUCCACGAUCUCCAAUCCAAGCUCGAAUCCACCGUCCAAAAUCUCCACAAAUCCACCAAGAAACCCACCAAAUCCCCCAAACUCCUCGCCGAGAACAUGACCCUCGCCGCGUUCAAGAUGUUUCUAGAGGAGGAAGUGAUCCAACCCCUCUACAGCGCACACGUCGCCCUGCGCCUGAUUCGAAUUCCCCGCCCCCAAUCCAAUUCAAAUUCCAAUUCCAAUUCCAAUUCCGAUUCCGAUCCGCUGCCGCCGCCCGAUCCCCUGGUCAAUUUCUUCACCACCGAGGAGAUCCGCAAGUACGUCUCCUCCAAGGGCAACCGCGACGGCAAGCUCAGCGUCUUCGGCACCAACGCCACCUACAACACCAUCGGCCACGCCUGCGUCCGCCUCCGCAAACAGCUCGAGCAGUACAUGAACUAUGACAUCGGGUCUUAUUGCAACGACGACUGGGAUUUGGGCCAGAAGCUGAUGCUCGCGGGCUGCGACCCGCUGCCGCGGCGCCGCUGCCUCGCCCGCGCUUCCAAGCUCUACAAGGCGCCGCUGCCGAUCAACGCAUCGCUUUGGACCACUCCCGACGACGGCAACGUGCGGUGGAGCAAGUACAAGUGCCGCGGGUUUAGAUGCUUGUCGAGCAGGAACCCGAAACGGGGCUUCUCGAAGUGCGCCGGAUGCUUCGAGCUGGAGAAGGAGAAGCUGAAAUGGGUCGAGACCGCUUCUCUCGCCGAAUUCUCGAUCGCCGACGUGCUCAAUGUGAAGCCCGGAGAGACACGGAUCGGGCUCGACGUCAGCGUCGGCACGGGGAGCUUCGCGGCGCGGAUGCGGGAGUUCAACGUGACCAUCGUGUCGACCGCGCUGAACAUCGGGGCGCCGUUCAGCGAGACGAUCGCUCUGCGAGGGCUGAUCCCGUUGUACGUCACGCUGAGCCAGCGAUUGCCGUUCUUCGACAACACCAUGGAUCUGAUCCACACGGGCGUGUUCCUCGACGGCUGGAUCGAUCUGCAGCUGAUGGAUUUCGUACUGUUCGAUUGGGAUCGGAUUUUGAGGCCCGGGGGUUUGCUUUGGAUCGACAAGUUCUUCUGCAGCAGGAAGGAUUUGGACGAUUUCAUGUACAUGUUCUUGCAGUUCAGGUACAAGAAGCACAAGUGGGUGGUCGCGUUCAAGUCCAAGGAUGAGGUAUAUCUUUCGGCGCUGUUGGAGAAGCCUCCUAGAUCUCUAUAGCUUUCCAAGUUUCAAAAUGACUUGAAAUUUUGAGUUUAUAUGAUAUAUGUUUGUUGUCGUUAUUGUUGUUCUAACUUUUUUGAAUCAUUCAAUAUAAGGUUUUAGUGAAA